GAUGAGCAACAGCAGCACGAGAACACGAAGAAGCAGCUGCUCCGGUGGGGGCGCAAGGCCCAGGAGGCCGAGGCGAAGUACCAGAACCAGGUGGCAGCGCUGGUGAAGCCACCCCGUUUUGUCGGUCAGGAGUCAAUUCUUGCAGUCGUCGUGCAGAGCCAGGCCAUAGCGCAGAACGCGAACAGAGGCCUCCGCGAGGAC